AGGGGUGAGGCCGACAGUCAGUCUGUCAGCAGAGCUACUUUGGAGGAAAACCAGCAGAAACUGGGAGAGAGAGAAGAAACUGGGAAACUGCAACUUAGAAACAAGUGGAGAGACUAGAAGAAAAGAGGGAGAAACUGUAGGAAAAGACGAUGAGGUGAAAGAAGACAAAAGUUAGGGAAACUAUUGAGAAAAUACAGGAUAUAUGGACAAACAGAGGGAGUCAGAGUAAAAACUAGAAAAAGGAGAAGUAGGAGGAGAAGGAGCAGUGAUUUAAUCGGUUUCCUGAUUUGUGUCUAAGAUAAAAAAGGACGAGGUGCGUCUCGGUUUGACAGAAGAGUAACAUCAUCAUCAGAGGGGGAGGACUCAGAAAAGAUGGCGUCUUGGUUCAGCUCCUGCUGGAUUUACCUUUGGAUCAUCGUCAUAUUCAGAAAACUCUCUGCUGACUCCACUUACUCACCGUCCCGCUACACCAUCCACCGCACCGACGUCACCUUUGACAAGGCCACGGAGGACUGUUUCCCCGGCGUCCUCACCACCCUCGCCUCCGAGCAGGAGGUCGCCAGCGUCCUCGGGCUCAUCUCCGAGUCAGUGUUGCCUCGCUCCGAAUUCACCUUCUGGGUCGGGCUGAAGAAAGCCAAGAACGAGUGUGUCGUCCCCACGCUGCCGCUGAGAGGAUUCAAGUGGACGGAAGACGGCAGCCAGGAAUCCCAGGUGAGCCGCUGGGUGAAGGAGCCGCAGAACACCUGCACGACAGUUCGCUGCGCAGUUCUACAGGGGGAGUUCGAUGGGUCGACUGUGACCAGAUGGGGUCUGAUUCCAGUCACCUGUAAGAACACUUACCAGUUCAUCUGCAAACUGAGAGACACACAGACAAGAAGGACAUCCGACGACAGAGAGACCACUAUUAAACCAGGGAUACCUGAACCUAAACCUGCUGCGACAGAGCCACUAGAACCUGCUACCACAGAACCUAAACUUCCUAGGCAAGGACCAGAACCAGAAACUGACCUGAAACUUAAAACCGAACCUGAACUGAAGGGACCUGACACUGGACCUGUUUCUGGACCAGCGCUGGGGUUGGACUCCUGUCAUCACCCCCGUAUACCCGGGAGCCGCUCCCUAAGCCCGGACCCUAACAACAGCAGCAGGAUCCUGGUGGAUUGCUGGUCCACUGACCAGCUGGAGCUCCACUGCUGGGGUCGUCCUGCUGUGUGGCAUCUACUGGACAACUCCCCAGCCAACUUCACCACCGUCUGUCAACCGUGCAGCAACGGCUUUCGCAAAGACGCAUUUGCAGACUGUGUGGACAUCGACGAGUGCAGCAGCGCCCCCUGCAGGCACACCUGUCUGAACACCGAGGGCUCUUACAGGUGCGUCUGCUCCGACGAGCACGGGAGACACCACAAUGAGAGCUCACCAGUGUGCACGGACACGAUGAAGAUCGAUGACAGCAGCUCGCUGUCGGGCAUCCUGAUCCCGGUGCUGGUUGCCGUGGUGGCGCUGGUGGUGCUGGUGGUGCUGGUCGCGGUGACGGUGAAGUGCUGCCUGAUGAAACGGUCAAAGAAACGCAGCAUGAAGAAGUCGGAGAAAAUGGCAAUGAAGAAUAAAGAUGGCCAGGAUUCCUUCGCAACAGCCAAUGAGAAGGCAGCAACAUGAGCAAGCCGAGCUGUGAUUGGUCGAAGGCAUUUCAUCAUAAUCGUGGCAGAUGAAAGGGUUGUCCCGAAAAUGACUCUAACCUCACAGGAAGAUAUAAAAAGUUAAGAAGUGAAAAUAUUUUAAAGUCAGUUUGUUUCUGUGGCAGAGAAACUGGAUUCAGACCCGUUUUGACCUGGACUGUUGGGGAUUUUGUUCUGAAUUGGACUUGGUUUGGUCUUUUGAAUCUUUUGAACAAGUGAGGACAUUAAAAGCCUUUUAAAUUUCAUCGGUUCACCCUGAAAGUCCAGAGUAAAUGAAGAUGGACAAAGUUCAGUCAGCUGUCAGUCUGUAAAUCUGUAAAAUUUCUAAGGGCAGCAAAGCCUAUAAAAAGAGGAAUCUAUCUGAAAAUAUAAUCCUGAAUCUGCUGCAUUUCUGUUUCUGUAUAUGAGUUUUAAUCUUUUAGGAAAAUUAAACCAACUUUAUAACUUGAUCAAAGUAAGAAAAUUUGAUGCUGAAAUGUUUACAUUUCGAUCAAUAAAGA